UGACAUUACAUUUAAUCUGAUUUGUGCAGAAAACACGUCCAUCAGAGACAAAGAUAGCACAUCAGACCCACCCACCCAUUUAAGUAAUAUAGCUACAAGUCCACGCAGGCGCACUGACAUGAACUGAAGUACUUCCUGAUGUGUGGAGGGGCAUGUGAAGCGUACUUGUUUCACUGUGAGCGCUGCAGGCAUUGAAGGUGAAAACAGCUGAGGUAUCCCCACAGACUUAAGUCUUCUUCCCGCACAGGAUUCAGUUAUUUAAAGUGUGAUGAAGGCAGCUGGAAAACUCAUGAAGGUUUUCGUGACGAGGCGCAUCCCGCAGGAGGGGAUGAAGAUCCUGUCAGCGGCCGCAGAUUGUGAAGUGUCUCUGUGGGACUCGGAUGAGCCUGUGCCGAAAGCAGAGCUUCUCAAAGGUGUGCAGGGGGCUCAUGGUCUUCUGUGUCUGCUGUCAGACAAGAUCGAUGCUGAGGUUCUGGAUGCAGCAGGGCCAAACCUAAAAGUCAUCAGCACCCUGUCUGUGGGGUUUGACCACUUGGCUAUGGAUGAAAUAAAAAAACGUGGUAUACGUGUUGGAUACACUCCAGAUGUGCUGACUGAUGCCACAGCUGAACUGACUGUAGCUCUGCUGCUGGCCACUGCUCGCAGAUUACCAGAGGGAGUGGAGGAGGUCAAAAAUGGUGGCUGGAGCUCAUGGAAACCUCUCUGGCUGUGUGGUUAUGGUCUCUCUGGCAGCACGGUAGGAGUCAUUGGGCUGGGACGCAUUGGUAUGGCCAUUUCUCAGAGACUCAUGCCCUUUGGAGUGAAGAGGCUGCUAUACUCUGGGAGAACAGCCAAGCCCCACGCCGCAGAGGUGAAAGGAGAGUUUGUUCCCCUGGACACACUUGUGUCUGAGAGCGACUUCAUCGUUGUUUCCUGCUCCCUGACACCAGAAACCCAGGGGCUGUGUGACAAGGCCUUCUUCAGCAAGAUGAAGAACACCGCAGUCUUCGUCAACUCAAGCAGGGGGGCUGUGGUGAACCAGGAGGAUCUGUACGAGGCUUUGAGCAGUGGACAGAUAGCAGCAGCUGGACUGGACGUCACAACACCAGAGCCACUCCCAACAAACCACCCCCUUCUUACACUAAAAAACUGUGUGGUGUUGCCGCACAUCGGCAGUGCCACCUACUCCACAAGGGGUGUCAUGUCAGCCUUGUCAGCGCGAAACCUGCUGGGUGGUUUACAGGGCACAGAAAUGCCCAGUGAACUCACCUUCUAGAGCCUGAAACGGAGCCGCUGUGCCUACUGCCUCCCCUGGUGCUGCGUGGAAAUCAGAAAACAGCAGUGUACUGGUCUGACAAUAGUCUCUGAUGUGGGAUCAAAGCAGUGAGGGGAUGAAAAGAAUAGUAACAAUACAAAUGUACUGUAGUUCAGAUGUUCUCAGAUAUGUGUUUACAUGAUGUGAUUGUUAACUUGAUAGUUUGAUUUGAUCCUGUCACAGUCAGACAGAAUUGCACUUUUAAUGAACAGUGUGCAUUUCUGAGGAAGGAAAUGCUCAGUUCAAGGUUUCACUCAUCUCAGACAUGUUUUCAAGUUCAUGAUAAAGUGGCUAAUGAACAAACUAGCAGCACUCCUUAACUUUAGUCCUUAACACAACUGACUGUACAUGCCUAGUCUGAGGUGAAAUUGCUGUAAAACUGAAGAAAUCAUUUCACUCACUAAUUUGCAUUUUAAAUGUUUCCCUUAAGACAGAAUCAGUGGUUUGUUAUCUCUCUCACUCUAAAUGCGGUGCUUGUUGGUCUGUACUUUAUUCUAAUGAUAAUGUUCCUUGUCUUUUGUCACUAAACAGUGCAACACUCCAGUUUUGUGUGAAAUGGGAUUUUUAUGAAGAUUAAAACUGAUGAUUUAGUCGAAAUGUAAAAUCUAUGUGCAAGUGUGUUUAAAAGAAAAUAGAUUUGAGAUCAAUAAAAAUCACC